GAGAAAGGUAGGGCCAAGACUUAGUUAAUGUCAACACGCUUGUUUAAACCUCAAUGUGUAAAACAUUAGAUUGAUGUCUGUUGGUAAGUUAGAGUGUGAUAAUAUGCAGCCGCUGCAAGGAUUAAUAACGUGCCCGCUGCGAAGUCUGAAUUCUAGGCUAAAGUAAUAUUUGCGUUUUUUGCACACGGCCCGUGAAAGUUGUCGACCUUUGCCCCAUAAACGUGGAGGCAUGGCGGAUACUGCAGGAAAGCCCAUCACGUGCCGCGCGGCGGUGGCCUGGGAAGCGAAGAAGCCGCUGGUGAUUGAGACGAUCGAAGUCGCUCCUCCAAAAGAACACGAAGUCCGCAUCAAGGUUUUGGCAACAGGAGUGUGCCACACGGAUGCGUACACCCUGGAUGGGCAUGACCCCGAGGGGAUCUUUCCCGUGGUGCUGGGUCAUGAGGGGGGCGGGGUCGUGGAGAGUGUGGGGUCAGGGGUCACCGGGUUCAAGCCAGGCGACCACGUGGUCCCCCUCUACAUCCCGCAGUGCCGCGAGUGUAAGUUCUGCAAGAGCCCCAAAACCAACCUGUGUCAGAAAAUCAGGGUGACCCAAGGUCAAGGUGUGAUGCCGGACGGCUCGAGCCGCUUCACCUGCAAAGGUCAAACUCUGUACCACUUCAUGGGCACCUCGACCUUCAGCGAGUACACCGUGGUGGCAGACAUUUCUCUCUGCAAGGUUGCAGAGAAGGCUCCUCUGGACAAAGUGUGUCUGCUGGGCUGUGGCAUCUCCACCGGCUACGGGGCUGCUCUCAACACAGCGAAGGUGGAUCCGGGGUCUAGCGUGGCGGUCUGGGGCCUGGGAGCCGUGGGGCUGGCCGUCAUCAUGGGGGCAAAGGUCGCCGGCGCAUCCCGCAUCAUCGGAGUCGACAUCAACCCGGCCAAGGCGGAAAUCGCUAAGAAGUUUGGGAUGACGGAGUUUGUGAACCCGAGGGACCACGAGCGGCCGAUUCAGCAGGUUCUGGCAGACCUGACGGACGGAGGGCUCGACUUCACCUUCGAGUGUAUCGGCAACGUGCACACUAUGCGCGCAGCUCUGGAGGCCUGCCACAAGGGCUGGGGAACAUCCGUUAUUAUUGGGGUGGCAGCAGCAGGGCAGGAAAUCUCCACCCGUCCGUUCCAGUUGGUGACAGGCCGGGUGUGGAAGGGGACGGCCUUCGGAGGUUGGAAAAGCGUUGACAGCGUCCCUAAGCUUGUGGAGGAGUACCAGGCAGGGAAGAUCCAAGUUGACGAGUUCGUCUCCCACAACUUUCCGCUGGACAAAAUCAACGAGUCAUUUCACCUGAUGCAUGCUGGGGAGAGUAUCCGGUCUGUGGUCCACUUCUGAUGCUGCCAUCUGCACAAUCCAGACUGAACCAGUUAUAACUGGCUGUAACCAGUUACACCCGACUGAAACCAGUUAUAACUGGCUUAAGAAAACAGUUGGACUGUUUCUGACCAGCUUUAUGUCUCCAAGACAGAUUUUUGAUGCUUUCUUUGUGCCUUGUGAUGUGUAGAAUGUUGCACAGCAAUAAAAACAGAGAACAGAA